UUGAUGAGAGCCAGAACACAGACGAUCUGAAGCAGCGUCACACUCUUCUGCUGGAGACUGGACUUUAGAGAAAUGAUGCUGAUCUUUGGACUGAUGCUGCUGCUGCAAACUGCUGCAUGUCUUGAGUGGAACUGCAGUUUUGAUCAAUCUGAUCCCUGUUACGCAGCUCUGGGAGACAAACUCAAUCUGCUGAUGGUGGACGCUAGUAAAUAUGACCUGCAGAUAAAAAAGAGAAUAAACAACACAGCAGAUGGUCCAAUUUGUAGAGUAAAGAAUGACAGUAUGAAGAUGAGUCAAUGUGAUCUUUAUAAUAACAGACCUGAAGUGAACGUCAUUAAUGGGACUGUGAUAAUAAACCGUGUGAUCAGAGCAGAUUCUGGGAAUUACAGAUUAACCACUCUUUCACUGAACGGCACAGAAACAUCUAGAGAUCUUCAAGUGAUUGUUGAAGCUCCUAUUGGCUCAGUGGAAGUGUCAGUCAUCUGCUCCUCCAAUCAGAGGUCAGUGUCCUGCUCAUCUGACGGGGAUCACAUCAUGUACAGCUGGACUCUGAAUGGAGAAAUACUAGAACAAGGACCAAUGAAUGGAAACACCACCAUUCAGCUAAAUGAGGGAACUGAUGGAGACAUCAGCUGCAGCGUGAAGAACCACGUCAGUCACGCACAGAAGACCAUUAGACUCAAACCCUGUCCUGGACCAACUACUGCAGCUGUGACCUCUAGUUUGACCUCUGUAUCGACACAGACAUCAGAAUGUGGUCUGGAUCGGUUCUGCAGUUUUAAUCAAUCUGAUCCCUGUUACGCAGCUCUGGAACACAAACUCAAUCUGCUGAUGGAGCGGGAUGCUGGAGGAUAUGACCUGAAGAUAAUAAAGAGAAUUAACAACAACACAAAUGAUCCAUUUUGUAGAAUAAGAUACGGCAAGAUGAGGGAAUGUGGUCUUUAUAAUAACAGACCUGAAGUGAACAUCAUUAAUGGGAUUUUAAUAAUAAACCGUGUGAUCAGAGCAGAAUCUGGGAAUUACAGAUUAACACUCGUUCACUCAGACGGCACAGAAACAUCUAGAGAUCUUCAAGUGAUUGUUGAAGCUCCUAUUGGCUCAGUGAGAGUGUCAAUCAUCUGCUCCUCCAGUGGGGUGAUGAGGGUGUUCUGCUCCUCUGAGGGGGAUCAGCUCCUCUACAACUGGACUCUGAAUGGAGGUCCAUUGAUGGAUGGAAACAGCAGCAUUGAUCUGGAUGAGGGAACUGAUGGAGACAUCAGCUGCAGCGUGAAGAACCACGUCAGUCACGCACAGGAGACCAUUAGAGUCAAACCCUGUCCUGGACCAACUACUGCAGCUGUGACCUCUAGUUUGACCUCUACGUCGACACAGACACCAGAAUAUGGUACGAGUUUCUCAUCAGCAGAUACGAUUCAAACCCAAACUCAGAGCCCUGAAGAAUUUCUACGAAUGUUUUUAGAAUUCUCUCUGAUUGCUUUGGGCUGUGUUGCUCUGAUCCUGAUUCUGCUGUUCAUCACCAUAUGUUACGUUUACAAGAAGAAGCAGCUCAAGUCAACACAAGUCCCUGCUGGAGAUACAGAGCUCAUAUACGCUGAUAUCUCUCAUGAGAAAAAGAGUGAAAAGAAGAAUACAGAAUCUUUCCUGGCUGCUGAUGUGGAAUACUCCGAGGUCCGAACGCAGACAAAGAGGAAGAAGAAGAAGAAGGAGGAGGAGGUUCAGUACGGCGAGGUGACAUUCACUCCGAACCACUCAAACGCUCCACAGCAGCAGCUUCAGGAGGAGUGUGUUUACUCGCAGGUACAGAGACACUAGUUUCACAGCAAAACUCGUGUAGGAUCGCACUUUCCCUGAGAAACCGGAUGCUUAUUUUCACUUAUGUUUGGCUUUGGGAGUUUUAUAGGUUAUAUAAAGCACAUAUCUCUUUGCGUUUGUAAAUUAUUUAGCUUGACAUGUUAACAAUGGUACUGUGUGUUGAUAUGUGGUGUUACGGGUUGUAUAGCGUGAGCUUUAACGUACAUGUCUGGGCUGAACUGUCAGAUGAGUAAACAAAACAAUGGAAAAAAGAGGAAACCAAUCGCACAUUAUUUCCCCUUGAACUUCUGUGCAAUUCAGUUUUUAGCGCUUCUCGAUUUGCAACUGCGACUAUACGAUGGCAAGAAAAACCUUGAAAGUUAGCUUUUAAUCAUGAAUCUCGAGGAGGUGAUUGAUGUGCACAAGUGCUCAAAAGUCAUGAAAACACACCUUGAUAGCACACGUACAAUACAGAGACGUCUAUUUGACGUCUGCAUUACAUCUGCAAGGCAUAUUUUUUUAGUGUUUGUUCAUCUGCAAUACGACUAUAGGACGUUU